AUGAAGCUUGGAAUAUAUGAAGUUGGGAUCAUUCCAUAGACUUUUAAAGCAUAAUAUUUAGAAGUGCAAGCAUUUGUUUAAUGGCAAUAUUUGGGAAAAAAUACAAUGUCUACAAUUUUCAUUUCACUUUUAGAUAAUUUUAUUGCAAAUGACAAAUACUAAACAAUGGCGCAAUUGGCUAAACCUAGAAGCAGUUAUCAAAAUGCAAAUAAUAUUAAGAUUUCAUAACUUAUUUAUAGUCUGCUGAAUAAGUAAAUAAAUCCGAAAGAAUUUUUCUUAUAGCUAAAAAUGAUUGAUAGUUCAAAUGAUAAGGGAGGAUACUUAUUGGAAGAGUUUUGCUAAUUGUAAGGUUUAAAAAAGAUUCCGAAUAACUAACCUUAACUUAUUGCAAGCAUUGCUCACUUUUUUUCCAUUUCUAUAAAUUUCAUUAGACAGACCAUUAUAGGUAAUUCUAAUAAAUCUAGAAUAUUGAUUUUUUAAUAAGCAGAAGGUUACUUUUUAAUCAAAUAAAGUAAUCCUGUGAUUUAAUAUAUAAACCAACGCUAAUAAAUAUGUCAAAUGUGUUCAAUGAGACAAGAUGAUUAUUUUGUCACUUAAUGUCUACAUGUAUGUUGCUUUAAAUGUUUAAAUGACAAGUUAAAAAAGGCAAAUUCAUCACUUUUUAUUAUCUGCAAUAAUGCUUGCAUGUAAAAAAUAUAAAUAAGAGAUAUUCAACAAUAUUUAAGUAAGGAACUCAAUACAUAAAAGUAGCAACUAGAAUAGUCAGUUAACUUAUCAAAAUCGUAAUAGUUCACCACUAAUGACAACUCAAAAUCCAACCCAAAUUAUCCUGUAGAAAAUUACAAGAUAAAUUCAGUUUAUUAUAACAACCUUAUAGAUUCAAAAUAAUAAUAAUAGAAAUGCAAUUAUUGUUAAGACCAAAAUGCUAACAAAUUAUUUAUUAAUAAUUCAUGUGGUCAUAAAUUUUGCGAUGACUGUUUCAAAAGAAAAAUCAUCUCUAAAAACUAAAAAUGCCCAAUAAAAGAUUGUUAUAGAUAAGUUGAUCUUUCACUAUAUUAAUAAAGAGGCUAGCUAGAAAAGGAAGCUACUUAAAACUCAUAACCUAUUUCUUCAUAAAAUUAGCAGUCUACAUAUCCUUAAAAUUAGAUGUCUACAUAUCCUUAAAAUUAACUGCCUACAUAUCCUUAAAAUUAACAGGUGGCUAGGUGUAGUAAAUGUAACAGUGAAUACAGUUCGAACAGUUUGUAUAAAGAUAAAAAAUGCAUGCAUUUUAUCUGCUUCUCCUGCAUUUAGUUGUAAGUUUAAAGGUUGCUUUUGAAACCAUCAAAUUAAUAUUUUGUUACUUGUCCUUUAUGUAAUAACGUAUAUGGAAGAGAGUUUGAAAAAUUCUAUGACUAAUCUCAACUACGUUUGGUAGAAGAGAGAAUUAAAUUUGAUGAAUAAUUUCAGAAGGAAGAUAAGGAAAGGGAAAUUAAAUAAAAAUAAUAAUAGCAAAUACUUCAAUAAUAAUAGUAAGAAGAGUUAUUACUAUAACAAUAAUCACCAUACAAGAAAAUCGAGAAGUCUCCUUCUGGAAGUAAUGAUACUCAAAAAUAAUAAUCAUAAAUAUACUCACAAAAUGAUAAAUAAAAUAAUUCUUCAUCGGCCAAAGACCUUGUAGAAUAAAAAUAACCUAGUAAAACUAAGGAAGGGUUUAACCAAUAAGAAUAAGGAGAAUGCACUAUGUGUUUUACAUAAUUUUCAGAAUUUAAUUUAAGAUAAGAAAUUGAUUGUUAAUACCAUACUAUAGGAGUUUGUUGUAGGACGAACUGUGAAAGGUGUCCAUAGUGUGAAGCAAAAAAUUCAAAUCCUAGGAGUCUCAGAAUAAAAUGUAUUAAUUAAAACAUUAUUAGCAAAAUUGGUUUUAUAAACAUUCACUUAAAAGGUGGAAUUUAUAAGCUCGUCCAAUAUCUAUAACUCUUCAAACAAGCAAUAUAAUUACGGAAAUGCAGAUGAUAACUCAAGAUGGAACUCUCGAGUUAAUGUAGCUUAAAGUCAAAUCAAACCAUAAUAACGAAAUAGCACUAUGGACAAUAACCUUUUCAGAAGUCAGGGUUUAUAAAGUAAUGUAGUAGGUGUGUAUGGCGCAGGAUACAAAUAUUAUUGA